UUUAGAUGGAUUUUAGUUCCAAGAGCUCUUUGGAGCACAAGUUAUAGGAAAAAUAUGGGUUUGAAGUACUCCUGGCCCUCAUGGAGGUUUCUUGCACUUGUUAUUGCAGUUGAAUUUGCUUUCCAUGGCUUCAGCUAUGGAGAAAAAGCUCCUAAUUUCAGCUUUAUCCAAGAAGCAACCUCUGCUCCAGCAGUUUCAUUCUACGACUACAUAAUCAUCGGUGGGGGAACCGCUGGCUGUCCAUUGGCUGCAACCCUGUCUCGAAAUGCAAACGUUCUAGUCUUGGAAAGAGGGGGAUCUCCAUAUCUAAACACGACCAAGAUAAGAACAGAGAACUUUUUGUCUACUGUUACAGACAACUCUCCCGAUUCAUUCUCCGAAGCAUUCAUCUCCGAGGAUGGAGUUCCUAACCAUCGACCACGCGCGCUUGGCGGUGGAACAGUGAUUAACGCAGGGAUUUACUCGCACGCAGAAACAUUCUUCCUAAAGCAAAAUGGAAUGGAUGAAGCAUUAGCAAGUGAUUCUUACGGGUGGGUUGAAAGGAAGUUGGUGCACAAGCCAAUUGUGUCGCAGUGGCAAUCUGCAGUGAGAGAUGGGCUGCUUGAGGCUGGGGUUUUGCCAUAUAAUGGGUUUACAUAUGAUCACAUUAAUGGGACUAAAGCUGUUGGAAGUAUUUUGGAUAGAAAUGGAAAUAGACACACUGCAGCUGAUUUGCUUGAGUAUGCUGAUCCUAAGAGGAUUAAGGUUUAUUUACAUGCUGUUGUGCACAAGAUCACGUUUACCAGAAAAGAGGGCUCGAGACCGCAAGCUCAGGGGGUUAUCUUUUACGAUGACAAAGCAGUAAGGCACACGGCUUUACUGAAAAAUGGGUCAACGAGUGAGAUAAUUUUAUCAGCAGGUGCAAUUGGCAGUCCACAAUUGUUAUUGCUAAGUGGUAUUGGGCCCGUCCCUCAGCUGGAGCCACUCGGUAUCCAGGUGGUGCUAAACCAGGCCAUGGUUGGCCAAGGGAUGGCUGAUAAUCCAUUAAACUCUCUCAUAAUUCCUUCUCCUACGCCUCUUGAGUUCACAAUCAAUGCAAUUGUGGGUAUCACCAAAUUUGGUAGUUAUAUAGAAUCUUCCAGUGGGUUUGAUUAUUCUGCCCUUGCUGGUGCUCAAACUCUUACCAAUCACUUUACUACAAACUUCAAUCAGGAUGGAGAAAGCUUUAGAGCAUUCCGAGACACCAUAACUAAUUCUCCAACAAAUCUUGCCAAUAUUGUGGAGAAGGUUGAUGGUCCAAUCUCAAAGGGCUACCUUGAGCUUCGAAGCACAAAUGUGAGUGACAACCCAAGGGUCAGGUUCAACUACUUUCAGGCGCCUGAGGACUUAAGGAAGUGCGUCCAAGGCAUGAAAACCAUCAUCAACGUCGUGAAUUCCAAAUCAUACUCGAGAUUCCGUUACAGCAACACAACAACACAAGAUCUUCUAAACAUGAUAACAGGGACGAGCAUGCCAGUUUCCUUAGAACAGUUCUGCAUAGAUACUGUUAGGACUAUUUGGCAUUAUCAUGGAGGCUGUCAAGUUGGAAAGGUUGUCGAUCGAGAUUACAAGGUCUUUGGUGUGGAUAGCCUUAGGGUUAUAGAUGGUUCUACCUUCAAUUUCUCUCCUGGGACUAAUCCUCAAGCUACACUUAUGAUGCUCGGAAGAUACAUGGGACGAAGGAUUCUGCAAAGUAAAAGAAGAUGAUUUAAUCUUAUUUCGUACAGACAUGCAUAACUUUUGCAUGCUUGGACUUUCAUUUUUUUUUUUUUAUCUUCCUUUUGUGCUGUUUUAUGUGUCUAGUAAACAGGAGAUGAACACCAGAUUAAUAAGUUGAAGGGCUAAUUUCCCUUCAAGAAAUAAUAAAAUCCUCAUAACAAUAGUAGGAAUUCUAAUGCAUUCUCUAAAGAAUUUCGGCUUAUUUUAUUUUUCUCUCUUUUCUUGGCUCUGCUGCCAGAAAGAAAUUCAGCAUUUUCUAAUUACCCUUUCAUAUUUUGAAGCUUUUUUAUGUAACAAAAUUCCCCUUAGUUCAUCCCUUUCCAUUUCUCUAUGUACCUGCAUGCAAUUCUAUUCAUUGUUGUGGAAACUAGAGUGUUUCCCCUAACAGAAAAUGUGAUGUACGCUGGGGGCUGCUCAGUUCAAUUUUCACAUAAUUUAUGUCUCCAAAUUUCUAUGGUUCCAUACGCCACAGUAGAGAGCGUUCAACAGGAAGGUACAAUUUGGUCAAAUAUUCGCAAAGCAUUUGGAAUUUCGAUCACCAAUCUCCAUAUCUUCAGAGAGACAUGUGAAUGCAACCAGUUAACAAA